AUGGGCAUGGGGGGCAUCUACAAGGUGUCAACUUCCCCCCCAGCCACUCUCCCUGUGACCACAGCGCCCGAGCGGGUGGGAAUUUUGCUCGACUAUGAGGCCGGCGUGGUCUCCUUUUACAACCUCACUGACAGGUCCCACCUCUUCACUUUCACCAGCAGCUUCUCGGAGACACUGCGCCCUUAUUUCAGCCCUUCCGUCAAUAAGGGGGGGCAGAACAGAGCUCCCCUGACCAUCUGCCCCAUCCCGACUCAGCCCUGAGGUCCUGUCAAGGACAGUGAUGGUCCCGGCUUGGAUGGUCCCAUCUGUGUUGGGCAUCGCCCACCUGCCCAUGGUGCCGCGCUCUGCCCCAGCCCUUCUGCCUGGUGGGAUGGGGCUUGGGUGACCCUCCUUGUGCCACCCACCAGCUCCCAGCCCAGCCCUGAUGGUAUUUGGCCCCUGCGUGUCCCCUCCAGCAGCAUAUGCCAAAGGCCCAUCCCACCUCUUAAAUCUCCCGAAAAGGGGGUGCACCCCUGCACCCAUGGGCAGGCAGCACCAGGGCUCCCAGCCACCUGCUUCCCCUCUUUGUCCCCGAGGGUCUCUGUGCCAUGGAGGGAUGGGGGGACAUCCAGGACGAGUGCACAAUCAUCAGGCACCUGCAUCACCUGGGCACAGCAGGAUCACAUCUCCGAUCCAGAGGAUACCAAUACCUGUGUCAAUAAAGCAUCUGUUCUCCCGCCA